AUGUCUAGGAGCCAUGAAACAUCGAUAGAACAUAUAGCCGUUCGACGGAUGGACCCAAAAAUCGUCAAAUUUUCACCUGUGCCACCUUCGUCGCCCCACCCCGCUUUCCCCGUUCAGUCAAACAACUUCGUCCACCGUGAGCAACCCAUUCCCGCCAACAAUACCAACUUCGUACCUCUUUAUCAAUUUACCCAGUCUCGUUGUUCCCACAAUCGCAAAUUCCAUUACCAGCGGCCCCAUCCUCGGGCGCUCUUGGGCCCGUUUCCAUAUUUAGGCGCGUGCCUCGACGCAAGCCCGCCCCCGGCCGAAAUCCCGCGCCGCCAGAUUACAGCGUGGGCUGCGUCUCAGGAGCGGUCGUUCGUAGCGGGAGUGAGCCAAACAGUGCACCUGGACGUCGGCACCGUGGAGACUCGCGCCGGCCAGCACGGCCCAGGAGGCCUACUCGGAGAUUCGCGAGUCGCUAACAACAUUCGCGGUUUCUUCGCCACGAGGAUAGGAAGCGCGCUACCGGACACAGGAUGGCGCGACUCCCUGCUGGCUUUGCCCAAGAAGUGGCUUUCCGGAACGUCCUUGGUGCACACGAAUUCGACAACGGCUAACACUCAGGAAAUCCCCCUACCGAAGCUUCCCGUACCCUCUCUGGAACAAACCUUGAACAAAUACGAGUACACAAUGAGACCGCUCCUGAACAUUGAAGAACAGAAAAAGCUCAAAAAGCUCAUCGAGAAAUUUUCCGGACCUGGUUGCCUCGGCCAGCAGUUGCAGCUGUACCUCCUAGACCGCCAGGAGAAAACGGAUAAUUGGGCGUACAACUACUGGAUCGACGACAUGUAUAUGAAGAACCCGACCCCCCUUCCAGUCAAUUCCAACCCCGGGAUGAUUUUCCCUCCGAGAAAAUUCACGACGAUUUUAGAUGUAGCACGUUUCACGGCGAGGUUAUUGGAUGCCGCCUUGGACCAUAAAAGUGUAUUAGAUAAAAGACUACUUCCAGUGGAAAAAGCUACGUCAAGGGAACCGGGACAACCGUUGUGUAUGGCUCAGUAUUAUAGGAUCUUGGGUUCUUGUAGGAUACCUGGGAAGCAAAAAGACACACAGUACGUCCCUGUGGCUGUCAAAUCGGAAGAAAGUCAGUCGGAACAUGUUAUUGUUAUAUGCAGGAGUCAGUUGUAUUGUGUUCCUGUGCAGGCCGCUGAUCGUGGAAGACUCAGCGAGGAUGAAAUUUGUGCACAACUUUUACACAUUUUAGAUGAUGCACCUUGUCUAGCUAGCCCUCCACCUGUGGGGCUGCUCACUGCUUGGAAGCGCCCUCUGUGGGCUGAAGUUCGCGAGAACCUCAUCAUCAACGAACGAAAUCGAAGAAACUUGGAUCUUAUAGCUAAAUCUCUUUUGGUUGUUUGUUUAGACGAGGGGUUAGGGAGCGGGUUUAAUUGUCGUUUACAAAGAGGGGGCAAAGGGCACUCCGCGGGUCACCGAGAUGAAACCAGUUUAGCUGUACAGAUGAUCCACGGAGGUGGCAGCACCUACGAUACAGCCAAUCGAUGGUUUGACAAAACCAUUCAGUUGAUAGUCUCUGGUGACGGUGCCUGUGGCUUAUGCUACGAACAUUCCCAAGCUGAAGGAAUCGCUGUUAUUCAACUAGUGGAGAAGUUAUGGCAGCACGCAGACGAGCAACCGCCAUCUUCAGAAGUACCCUCAGGUUCGAGCCAUCUGCCACCUCCAGAGCGUCUAGAGUGGGUUUUGGAGCAACGAGACUUUGUUAAAAUCGAAGAAGCGGCACUUGACAUAGACAACUUAGUCAAAGAUUUAGACUUUCAAGUGUUCCGCUAUAUGAACUACGGGAAAGAGUUCAUCAAAAGCUGCAAAGUUAGCCCGGAUGUUUACAUCCAACUAGCACUCCAACUAGCUUACUAUAGACUCUACGGGAAACUAACCGCAACCUAUGAAAGCGCAUCCACUCGAAGAUUUCGUCUAGGAAGAGUCGACUGUAUACGAUCUGCCAGUCCGGAAGCUCUAGCAUGGGCUGCCGCUAUGGCGCAACCUAAAGACGAAGACGAAAGCAAAAAAGUCACUUUCCAUUUAGUGAGCGACGAAGAGAAACUGCGUCUUUGGAAGGAGGCUGUCAAACAACAAACCAAAGAGAUGGUUGAUAAUAUUCUCGGACAGGGUAUAGACAUCCACUUGCUGGGUUUACGUGAAGCUGCAAGAGAAACUUCACCGACUGCUGCACACCCACUGCCUGAGCUUUUUACCGAUUAUACUUAUAAAUUAGCUAAUAAAUUCUUGUUGAGUACUAGUCAAGUUGCAACGUCUAGCGAUAGUUUUAUGGGUUAUGGGCCGGUGGAACCGGACGGGUAUGGAGCCUCAUACAAUCCCAAAGCUGAUCAUAUUGUAUUUUGUUUGUCUGCGUUUUGGUCGUCGGAAAUUACAAGCACCUCAAGGUUUGCACAAGCUUUAGAUGAAAGUUUAAAUUUGAUGCAAGCGUUACUUACGAGACCUACCACUUAGAGGAGUUAGGUUUUGCUUUAAGUAAAUGAGAUGUUUGUGAGUUUUACUCAAGAAUUACAGACACAAGGUUCAUUCCUGAUAAACUGACUUAAAGAAAAUGCGCUAAGUAAUGGUCGUCUGUUAAAUUCUAGGCCUAACAUCUCUGUUAUGCCGGAUUUUGUUUCAGUUGUGAGGUUAGGUUUCCCCAACACGUGGUACAAAAUUUAAAAUGACUGAAAGUAAACAAACAUAUCAAUUUGAGUGUGUAGGCUUUUCAGAUGGUAGGCAAACCGUGUGAAAGUGGUAGAACGCGAAAAUACCGACGUAUAUUAGUAUUAUUAGGACUUUUCAUGACAAAUUGUCGUCCCUAUGGUAAACAAUACAUAUUUUAAGCUCAACCAUAUCGUACCAAUUAUUAAGAUCUAAAAUUAGAAUAUUUAUCUACAACUUGUAAAAAUAAACCGAAUGCCACAUCUCACUAUGAUAAUGAAAGUUCUAAUACUACUAACUAAACAUCGUGUAGUAACUGUCAAAUAUCACCACACAACUAGCGUUUGCUUUAACAAUUGUUGCUUUAACUAAGGCUGAAUAGAACUAGAUGUUAAAAUUAAAACGCUUUUUGUUUUAUGUAUUAUACAGUGUGAUAAUAAGUAGACGUAAUGUAGAUUUGUCUUAAGUCAAGUUCUGUUGCCACUUGCCCAAAAUGGCGUCACACAAAAAUCUGUACUAAAACUACGACAAAUGCCACAUUUCAACUGUCUACAUUACACGAUUGUUUCACAAAAUAUUUUCGUAUAUUUUUUUCAAAGUAUGAUUACUCUUCUAUUUCUUGUUAGUACUUAAAAUUUUAUAGGCUGUUAGAAUUUAUACAUUGCUAUAGAUGCAUAUAUAUACACUAAAAGGAAACACGAAAUUAGAUAUACCGACUGAAUAUACAUGUUGAAAGCACUUACAAUUCCCAAAAAAGAAAAGGGCACUGAAACAAUUAACUAUUAUCUAAUUCGUAUUCAAUAUUAUUUAAAAGUGUUAUUAAUUAUUCUAUAUUUGUAAAAAUCUAUACAAUAAAAAAUCCUUUGUACUCUUCUACGCUUUGAUUAAGAGUUAUCACUGCUAAAUACAACAUAAAAAAAAUAA